GGCUAAGGCAGCUUUAAGUGCAGCGUGGAUUUUUUUUUUCUCACUUUGCCUUGUGUUUUCCACUCUGAAAGAAUGUUGCGGCUGCUCUUUUUUCUGGUGACCGCUAUUCAUGCUGAGCUCUGUCAACCAGGUGCAGAAAAUGCUUUUAAAGUGAGACUUAGUAUCAGAACGGCUCUGGGAGAUAAAGCAUAUGCCUGGGAUACAAAUGAAGAAUAUCUCUUCAAAGCGAUGGUAGCUUUCUCCAUGAGAAAAGUUCCCAACAGAGAAGCAACAGAAAUUUCCCAUGUCCUACUUUGCAAUGUGACCCAGAGGGUAUCAUUCUGGUUUGUGGUUACAGACUCUUCAAAAAAUCACACCCUUCCUGCUGUUGAGGUGCAAUCAGCCAUAAGAAUGAACAGGAACCGGAUCAACAAUGCCUUCUCUCUGAAUGACCAAACUCUGGAAUUUUUAAAAAUUCCUUCCACACUUGCACCACCCACAGACCCAUCUGUGCCCAUCUGGAUUAUUAUAUUUGGUGUGAUAUUUUGCAUCGUCAUAGUUGCAAUUACACUACUGAUUUUAUCAGGAAUCCGGCAACGUAGAAGGAGGAGAAACCAAAGCGUUCUAAUUCUCUGGUGGAUGAUUUCACCUGGGAGGAUCCUCUCAUCACAUUAAAAUCUAUAUCCACUCCAACGCAUGCUGAUUGGUGAUUGCUGAUGCUUGCCAUGGCCAGUGCAGUGUCUUUACCCCAAGGAUGGAAAAAUACAGCAGCCUGUCUUUCCCUAGGUCUCUCAGACCACAACUCUUGACUUGCAACCCAGCAUUGGGCCAGAAAUUUUAUGAAUAAAUGUUUAAAAUAUGGCAACUGCAAUUCAGUCAUUGCCUAUAGUGAAUUGUGACAUUUGAUGGUGGCCUAUACAAUGAUAAAAUACUUUCAAAUGAUGACAUUGGGAUCUACAGAAUUGGAAUGCUACUUUACCUUUGUAUUUAAUGAACAACUGUUUGAAAUUAUUGAAUAAACCAUCAGCAAAGCCUAAAAUACAAGACAUCUAAGAAAUUUCUUGUGCAUAAAAUUCCCUUCCUUCUUUCCUUCAUUUCUUGUGGUAAAGCCCAUUCAAGGUCUACCUUGGGCUACUGCCUGAGUAACUUUACCUGCAAUAUUAGUCCAUCCAUACAUACAUCUAAUUGUUUAAUCUAUUGUCUGUCUAUCCAUCCAUCCAUCAAUCCAUUCAGACAGCCAUUAAUUUAUCAUCCAGCCAGCCAGCCAUUGAACUACAUUCAUUGAUUCUUUUUUCCAUCUCUCCAUCUACCUUUCUUCAUUUGUUCAGCCACCCACCCAUCUUCUAUCCAUCUGUAUAUUUAUUAUCCAGCCAGUCAGCCAUUGAACUACAUUCAUUGAUUCUUUUUUCCAUCUCUCCAUCUACCUUUCAUCAUUUGUUCAGCCACCCACCCAUCUUCUAUCCAUCUGUAUAUUUAUUAUCCAGCCAGUCAGCCAUUAAUCUACAUUCAUUGAUUCACCCACCCUCAGAGUUGAAUGCCUACUCUGUGCUGAGUUCAGGUCAGCUGUUUUGCAAAACAUUUUAAAAUCUGGAUUUUUCCUGAUUAGGUUUCUCAUUAUGAGAUUCAUGUCAAAACAAAUUGGAGGGGUGGGGCUUGAACACAUCAAAAACAUAUAUGUGAUCUGCUCAGUGUAUCACAUCAGGACAGACUUGUCAGUUUCUUUCAUUGUUGGAAAUUUUCACUGGAUUUCUCUUCUGGCAAAAUACAAGUGUCUUUUAUAAUUAGUAUUUGCUUAUGGGGGUAAUAAUUUGAGACCAUGUGAUAUCCUGUUCUGCAACCAUCUUUCACUGGUUUAAUAUCCAUUGAUAAUCCUCAUCAGAAUCAAUUAUUAUUAUAGUGGUGAUUUUCUGUUCCUAUUACUCUCUCUGUAUUCAUUGGCAUUCUUCUAUAAAAAAGAGCUUUCUCUUUUCUCCAUUUUCUUCCACCAUAUUCUUUAAAGAACAUUCUAACGCAGGACUAAUAGGAAAUUCCACCUCCAUCAUCACUGGGGCAACUUCACCAUCUCCUCACCUGUCAAAGACUCACCAAGGUCCUGAGGGAUUCUCAUAGUGGUGGGACUCUACCCUGGUCACCACUACAGUGCCCAGCAUUUCAGCCAGAUGAUCUCUUCAUGUCUGCUAUUUUGGCAUUUCCACACAUUCCUGGGACAAGAGAAUUCUUUGCAAAUCCAGGAGCCUCAUGCCUAUCAUCAUGCCUCCGUGGUGCCACCAUGGAGUGGUGCUCCAACAUCCAACCUGUGAUAAGCCUUAGGGAAACCCCUGCUUCUUCUGGUUGCCAGAGGCACCCACCUCUUUUUUUUGUUUUACUGCAUGAUAUUAAGCAGAAUUGUCUCAUUGUCUUUCUUAGUCUUUUGCAAAACACAGGAAAAACUUUUGAAUUUGAGUCUACAGUUUUCCACACUCCAAAGAAGUAUUGCAGAUCUGCCUACUACUUGGGUUGGGGUCAGCAAGGUCUACAAAGAGUGAAACUGUGAGAAAUUAAAAAAUUUAUCCUGUCAUAUGGAAUUUGUGGAAUUACCUGGAAUUGUAACUAUGAGUUGUAAUUAGGAAAAAUAUGUUCUGAGUUCCAAAAUCGUGACUUGCAAAUGAACACAAUUAUUUUGUAAUGAGUAGAGCCAAGCAGCAAUAUCUGAGGUUUAUAGCACUUACUUUCUACAAAGUAAUGUUAAUUUGCUUUCUGGUAGCUCAUUUCUAUUUGAUUUUCAUUCAACAUUUCUAGAA